AUGUCCAAAUGUGCCUUUGGAGUGCCUAAAGUGGAAUGUCUAGGCCAUUUCAUUAGUGGGAGACGGUGUCUACAGACCCCAAAGAAGAUUGUAGCAGUAGCACAAUGGCCUAUUCCUAGCAAUAUCAAGCAGUUGAGGGGUUUCUUGGGACUUAAUGGAUACUACAGAAUGUUUAUACAAGGAUUUGGAUCCAUUUGUAAGCCAUUGCUUGAGUUACUCAAGAAAGAUGGAUAUACAUGGAUUGAGCAUGCUACAACAACAUUUGAGGAACUAAAGCAAGCCUUGAUCUCUGCCCCAGUAUUAGCUAUGCCUGAUUACUCUAAACCUUUUGUGGUGGAAACUAAUGCAAGUGGGAAGGGAAUUGGUGUUGUGCUAAUGUAG